UGUAAGUCAAAGAGUAAGAGACAAUGACAACAUAACAUUGAGAUAUAACAAACUCCAUUUUCUCUUGCUACCUUCUUCUGUUUCUCAAGCCUAAGAGGAUUCCGCAGAACAAGGCCUAGUGGAAGAAAUUGAUUAGAAAUUUGUCACUCAAAAUGUGAAAUUUAAAACUAUUAUCAUAAGAUAAUAUGGGAAAGAAGCACUCUCUUUCUUGCAUGAAGACAUCAGCUACUGUUGAAUUCCAUCAGGAGAAUAAUGAUGGAGGACCAGGAUGCAUGUGGGGCAUGCUUCAUAUUCUUGAUUACCAUCAUUGGCUUAAUAUCAGAAAUGUGUUCCCCCUUAAAAAGCACCAUUACCCUUCAAGACUUGCCACAUAUAAGAGAAUAAACAUUUUGCAUAGCCAUUGGGGAGACCAACAAAUUGGAGAUGAAGAAACAGAACCCCUCUUGCAGGCUAGGCAACAUGAACAAAAGUGUAGUGCUAAAGGCAAAAGUUCUUCCAAGAGCAGAAAUAAAAGAUCACAAACUGAAAACUCCAAAGGCUGGAUCAUUAGCUUCCAUGGUGAAUCCAAAAAUUUAGGUUCAUCACAUAAAUUUGUGCAAAGUAAAGCACAUGAUACCAAAGAAGGUGUCCUUGAUCAAAAUCUUAUGGAAGCAAAUAAGCUUAACAGAGAUACUCCUGUUAAUUCUAAGAGGCAUUCUGAUUCUUUGGAGGUACUUGGAGUGGAGAAGGAUUUGAUAUUAAAAUAUUUACAUGAUCUUCAUGUUGGUGGGGAAAAUCUUCAACUUCAAUUGGCUUUCAAUAACAAAGCAAGUUUGAAAAAAUCAGGUUCAGUUCAACAGACAUCACAGAUGAGAAGCAUUAUUAGUCCUACCACCUUUGAACACAAGCAAAGCGAAAUUUGGCCUUUCGACAAGAAGAACAAGUUGGUUCAUAGUACUCAAGCAUUAAAGACCUUUGCAUCCAUUAAACAAAAACAAAGAUUUUCUUCCUCUUCAAGCAAUCCUCAAGGUUUGAAUCACAAAGGGUGGAACCAAUUAGUUCUUCAUCGUUUCAAGGUUAUUAAACAGAAGAUUAAACAUGCUCUUAUGGAAUUCAAGAAAAGUAGCUACCAAACUUCUGUUGAAGCUAUCCACCACCAUAGAGCUUCAUCUGAAUAUGGCAUCACCAAUACUGAGAAUGGAAUCUCAGAUGAGAAUAAAUAUUUUUGUUUUGAUUCCAGCAGACACAAAUUUUGUGGCUGCAAGCGAAUAGAAUCCUCUCUUAAUGAGUCUCUUGAUAGAUACACUCAGUUGUUUGAGCAAAGCUUUGGCAAAGAUAUCAAGUGUCAUGGAUCAAUGUCUAAAAGCUUAAAAUUGCCAAAUGAGGAUAAGGAUAAUAGCAUGAGUUUGUGUCAGUGUCCUCCUAAGGAUUCUAGAAGGAAAUUAUCCCUGCCUAAUCUUGAUUCUUUCAACUUCUUGAUUCUACACGAGGAACUUUCUGUUGCAAAUGAUAUCCAUGUUCAGAGAAAACCAGUGAGACUUCCUUUAAACAAGAACAUUUCACUUGAUCACAUUACAGAAACCGAAAUGGAGGAAGCAAUGCAUAUCAGUGGCAACGAUGCGAAUGCUGCUCCUUUAUCUGAUAAAACCAGGGAGACAAACGAUGGGGAACUCGAAGAUGAUGUAUCAUCGGAUACACAUGAGCUAGCUUUAGAAGAUGGAAGUUUUCUCCAAGAACAAUUACAAGUGCAAAUAAGUAUGGCCAAGGAGGCAAUAGCAACACUUGAAGCCAGUGUUGUAGAAGCAGGUAGAGAACUAAAUACAAGGAGCUCUAGCAUGAAUGAAUUGGAGAUUGAAUUACCAAAUAACACAAAUGCAAUAGCAGAAAGCAGAGGAAUUAAAUCAGAUAAUGAAGACAUUGAUUCCAAUUUCAAAUAUGUGAAACAUGUUCUUGAGUAUCUAGGCCUCAUGGGAAAUGAGGAGAACAUUGUUCAACUAAUUAAUCCACCCUUGCUCAUGGAUUUUGAUACAUCUAGGUUCCAUGAAAUUGAAUCCAAUGGAGAAGAUAGUGUCAGAUCCAACCAUCAUCAUCAUCACCUCCUUCUUUCUAACAUAGUAAAAGAGGUGCUGCUCCAAAUAUAUGAGACAUCAUCAUCAACUAACUUCACAAUAAUGCAUAAGGGGCAACAACAUCUUCUUAAUGAAGUAUGGAUUAGAGUUAAUUUAUACCUGAGAUUGAGGCCAGAGUUUGAUCAGACAUUAGAUGAUGUUGUUGGUGGAGAUUUGGCCAAAAACAAUGGCUGGAUGAUCCUCAAGCAUGAAGAGGAAUGUGCAGCACUUGAACUAGAAGAGAAUAUUUUCAAAGAUUUAGUAGAUGAAAUAAUCUUCACAUGAAAAAUUUUCAAGAGAAAGAGUGGAUGCACUACUUAUUUCAAAAUGCCUGCUUGGUUCUUAAUUUCUUCAAGUGUUAUAGGAUUCUGUGAGUUCGUGUAAAUAGUGUAGAUGUUAUGUAAGGGUUUGACAAUGGAGUUUUAUUUAUUGUGGCUUGAUUUUCAUGUAACUUACAUGUGAGUGUAUAUUAAUACCAGUGUACAUGUUGCUUCAA